GGCAGAACAGUUUCCAGGUGUGUCCGAUAAAUUCCCGAACGCUUCAAUCCGAGACGGUAUUCAAAAUUCUUCGUUCUCCUUCAUCGUAAAUGAAACUUUCCCUCCUUGCUUUCGCUGCUGAUAAACACGUGACACCUUUCCAUGACCUUGGAAACUCAGAAAGACGAUUCCGAAUGUGCCUAUCUCGUGCACGAGGAGUCUCUACCGGCAGGCACUUCUUACAAAGCUCCCUCUCCACCCACGAAAGACGUCGCCAGACUAUACAAAGCAGAGGAAGAAGAGGAUGGACCGACUCUGCAUUCCAUCGCAAAGUUCCAUGAACAUCUUCUGGAACAGGCUGGCUUUGGUGCUUUUCAUUUACUGGUGCUUCUUAUGGCGGGUCUAGGAUUGACAGCUGAUGCCGUGGAGCUUUUUGCAGUUGGCUACAUACUUCCCAGCGCUGAACACGAAUUGUGCAUGGAAGAAUAUCAAAAAGGAUGGCUAGGUACUAUAUCUUUUAUCGGCAUGAUGACUGGUGCUCUGAUUUGGGGUAUAAUGGGCGACCGCGUUGGUCGAAGGCGGACUUUGUUGACAGCUCUAGCAUGCAAUGGUAUCUUUGGUGUCAUAGCAGCAUUUAUGCCUACAUAUUCACUGCUAAUGCUAACUAGGUUCUGUAGUAGUGUUGGCAUAGGAGGAUCGCUACCUAUUGUUUUCACCUACUACUCCGAAUUCCUAUUACGCAAAAAUCGUGGAAGACAUUUGAGCUUCCUACUUGUUUUUUGGGCUCUUGGUGGACUUUUCGUCGCGGUCCUUGCCUGGGGAAUCAUUCCGCGAAGUGGAGCAACAAUAAUGGACACAAAACGACUUCAGUUUGGAAGAUGGAGGAAAUUCCUGCUCAUUUGCUCGAUACCAGCGAUUGUCUCUGCUGUUGGCAUAUCCUUCUUACCAGAAUCGCCACGCUUUUUGCUGGAGAUGGGAAGAAACAGUGAAGCAAUAUAUGUUUACAAACAGAUAUUUUCAUGGAAUCACUCCGUGAAAUCCGGAGAAGAAUAUCAGUUGACAGAGUUGGAGGUUCCUGGCAAGAGACCCACCGUCCAUGUUUCGAUUCCAUCCAAUAGAGGAAUUUUAAGAGAGAUGCUACGAUCGUUAGAAGGCUGCUGGAAUAAUAUCAGUGGUGUAUUUUCUUCGCCAUAUACCUCUUUGACUCUCCUUUUGUUGGUGGUUUGGACAACUAUGUCUUUUGGGUUUUAUGGAAUAUCAAUCUGGCUUCACGAAUACACGAAAGUCCUCGAAGACAACAGCUUCGUAUCUCGGACUGUUAAACAAGCCAACUUAGUCUAUGAGGAUAAAGUCUUCAACUCGACCAUCGAAAACAUGCAUUUCACAAAUAUAACUUUCACAAAUGUUCGAUUUGUCCAAAUUCUCAUUAAUCACUGUACAUUUUAUAACUGUUCUUUCAUCAACUGUACUUUCAGCAAUAUACGAACAAGCAGGACUUAUUUCAGAAACUGCGAAUUCCCCCAAACAGAAUUCCUCGAUACGGAUUUGUAUCCGUACAAGUUUCAGUCAUGUUCACUUAAUACUUCAAAUUUCUUUAAUAUCAAAGGUGGAUGCGAUAUAGACUUCGACGUCAAUUUUAAACUUUCCGAACUGUUCUAUGAGAACUUGUUUGCUCAACUUGCCAUCUUACCUGGAACGCUGAUAUCAUCUUUCAUACUUGAUAGAAUUGGUAGAAUCAAAACUUUAGGAAUUUCUUUGACGCUUACUGGUAUAAGCGUAGGAUUCUUAUGGUUUGCCGAAACAAAAGAAAGGAUAAUAGCGUUCGAAGCCACUUUUUCAUUUCUAUCGGUGUUUGGUUGGAAUGCGCUUGAUAUUAUGUCGACUGAAGCGUAUCCAGCAAAUAUAAGAGCAACAAGUUAUGGCAUAUUUGCAGCUUUGAGUCGCUUAGCAGCUAUUCUGAGCAACAUAACAUUCGGAAGUGCUGUUGAAGUUUCGAAACUAAUUCCUAUUGUUAUAUCCAGCGCUGUUCUAUUAGCAGGAGCCGUCUGUGUAACACGACUUCCAGAAACGAAAGAUUAUCUUGUAUAAUGCACAACAUAUAUGAAUAUGCCUUAAAUCAAAAAUCAAAGAUGCCAGAAAAUUCCACGUGAAAGUUUAGUCCAUUUGUUUUGAUGGAGCAGAAUAUCAGUUUCAGUUUUAUUUCGUCGACUCAUUGAGACAUCGUAGACAUUGUUGUAUAAAGAUAUCUGGUGAUGAUUGACAUUAUCUGCAAGACUGCUAAAAAUAUCAUAAAUCGCUAAUCGAUUUUUCAAGAAAUGUCUCCUUUUUGAUAGUACUGUUAUGUUGUUAAUACUUACGAAUUUAAUGGUGGUAGGGUGUAAAUACUUAGGGUGUUAACGGUGUUAAUGUGUGCUAUACUGACGAACUCGAGGUUAAGUAGUUUUUUAAAAAGUGGAAAAUGAAAGUCUGUGAUGUUGGUAAAGCUUGGAUUGUUGGACGAAGAAAGAAACGUGGCUAGACUCGAAACUCGAACUUCUGGGAUGGAGAUACUUCUUUAAAUAUCUUCUCAUCUAGAAUAUAAUCAUAAAUGUAUUAUAUUCCUUGAUAUUAGUUCCUUUGACAUAAGUUAAAGUAUUAUAAUGUAUUAAAAUAUGAUGCGUUAUUAAUUUAUUUAUUAUUGAUAAUAAGUAAUACUGAUUAAUUUAAUAUAAUAAAUAUUUCGGAAAUGCUACCUCAGAAAAGCGCAAAUGAAUCGAAACAUAUAAAAGUAACUAAAAUCCUAAAGCGUUCCAUGGAUGAACUAUAGACUUGAGGAAAUUUAUUUAACAAAGCGAUAUUCUUUGCAUAUUUUUUGAUAUGACAUUGUGUUUUACUUGAUGUAAAAUUGAGACUAUGAAAUUUUAAAUAAUAUCUGUAGGAAAUAAGAAUAGGGAGUCUGCAAAUGACAUUAUAUAGCUCAUUGCAUACGAAAAUAAACAACGAUGCCAUUUUUUUUUCUGCUUGUGCUUUAUGACAUAAAACAUUUGAUUAACAAUAAAGAGGCCUUAAGUGUCCUCUUAUCCUUAUGGUGUAAUCAGGGAAAAUGCUAGCCAUCUUAUAAACGAAAAUACAUUUCACUUAUUUUUCACUUAAUCCUUUUAAGAUGAGUUUGAUAGACUACAUAAUAGCAAAUGUCUUUUUAAAUUCGAAAAACUUAAAGAUGUUUAGCACUGAUGACAAAUCACAACCCACAACGACCUACCUACCCAUAAGGGUGUAAGACACAGGAAGUCGCCUGGGAGAAAGAUUGAUAUUUUUACAGCUCUUUCUGAAGAAUUCACAUAAAUAAAAGAGAAAAACAGUUCCAAAUUUUUUUUCUCCCUCUACAGCAUGUUUUAAUCGAUAUUUUGUUUCUAUGAUUCAUAUAAAACAUGUAGAACGGUAAAUAUUUUUAGCAAACGAGUAAUCUUUUUGUAACUUUCAAAUUAACAAAAUUAAUAAAUUUAUCCAAAAUGUUACAGAAAAUUCUACCUAAAUGAAUAGAAAAUAUGAUUUAAAACAUACUUGUAGUUAUUUAUGUAUAAAAUAUUUCACGAAAUUUGUCUCUAGGAAAAAAAAUUAGUAAAAACCAGAUGACUUGAAUUUUAUAUAUGCAUAUAAUUCAAAUUUAUAGUUACUUUCUAAAGUCCUGUAAAUUAAAUUGCUAAUGUUUUUUUAUAGUGAAAUAGCUAAUAAAUACAAAUAUUAUUCAAUUAAAAUUAUUCGCAGUAGUUGUAUAAGUUCAAGCUGGUAAAUAUUGAAUCGCCAAUACUUUGAUUCGUGGUAAAUAUUUCAGCAAUAUAUUGAUAUGUUUUCAGGAUACUGAACCAAUUUCAAAUUUUGCUACUUAUGAAGACAAUCAAAGUCAAUAAUUUCAUGUAAGAAUACUUAUAGAUGCGGUUUUAAAUCAUUUGUUGAAUCUUAUUUUUUAGAUUUAUAUAUGUCCAUGAUUAUUAUUUAGACAUCAGCAAUUUAUUUCUUGUGAACUUUAUGUAGAUUUAUAUAUGUCUUUGUUAUUAUUUAUAUGAAACAUAUAAAGUAUUAAACGCACAUAGGUAAUGGGGCAUUAUAUAGACAUCAACAAUUUAUUUCUUGUGAACUUUAUCGUUUAUCUUUUGUAAUUUAAGUAAGAAAUUUGUGUUGGCUAUUUUUAUUUGUGAUAUUUUAAUAAUUAUAUGUUGAAACGACUAUUUUGACGGUAUACACUGUUCGUAAAAUAUCAUGUUAACGUCCAAGUUAAUUGUUUUACCGGCCAUUUUUCAAAUGUUGUUAGUGUCGUAAUAUGUGUCUGUUAUAUCUCUUGCUUUAGCGCAUCAAAUAAAAGAUAGUUUUUGACUGA